AGAUUACCUGAUGAGGACUUCCCCGAGAUGGCCCGCCAACGCUCCGUCCACGUACUCUUCCGUGUUCGCCAGCUGCCCGCAAACAUGACACGCAGCGCUCUUAAAAACUUCAUUCCUCUACUGUGGAUGUGUGAGGAGCUGGAAUGUUCCUUUAAGUGAAGUGCAAGAACGGAGGAGGAGGAGGAGGAGCCCUUUGUGUGUGUGUGUGUGUUCCUCAGUUAGCCUUGCGGGGCGAAGCGCUGCGCGUGGAAAUGAAAGACUCGGCAGGUCCCGGCGCACGAGCUGGACUUUCGCUCCUCUUCCUCACGGGAUCAUGCUUCCUCGUCUGGCCUCGCUCUCCCUUCUCCUCCUCCUCCUCCUCCUCGGCCGUCGUGCGCCUUUGCCUCACCGGAUCUCAGCUGAGUGACUGAGAGCGGCCGCGGCGGAUUUGAACCCGUGCACUUUUUUUUUUUUUUUUUUUUUUUCGUCUCGUCUUUCUUUUUGAAAUCGCAAAACAUCUCCAGCCGGCCUUCCGCGCGGCACUUCGUGGAUCGCGUCGGAGUUGAGACGACAUGCCGCCGCUGCUUCUGCUGCUGCUGAGCGCGAGCGUGUUGUCAGGUGCAGGCGCCCCGUCGCAGGCGUCGCCCCGCGUGGGCGUGGCACCCCGCUGCGAGAGCCGGGCCUGCAACCCGCGCAUGGGCAACCUGGCGCUGGGCCGCCGCGUCCUGACGCAGAGCGUGUGCGGCAACAACGGCACCGAGCCCUACUGCGCCUACGUCGACCCGGGCCCGCCUUGCGGCGCCGCCAAGUGCGGCGAGUGCAACGCCGCCCUGCCGCACCUGUCGCACCUGGCGGGCGCCAUGUCCGACUCGUCCUUCCGCCAUCCCGACACCUGGUGGCAAUCGGCCGAGGGGGUCGAGUCGGAAACGGUGCAGCUGGACCUGGAGGCCGAGUUCUACUUCACGCACCUCAUCGCCGUCUUCCGCUCGCCGCGGCCCGCCGCCAUGGCGCUGGAGCGCUCGCAGGAUUUCGGGCAGACGUGGCACACGCUGCAGUACUACGCCCGCAACUGUAGCGCCACCUUCGGGAUCCCGGAGGGCAAGGCGGCGGCGGCGGGGCGGCACGGGGCAGCCUGCACGUCCAAGUACUCGAGGGCGUACCCGUGCACCCGAGGGGAGGUGAUCUACCGCGCCCUCCCCAAAUGGGAGUCGCUGGACCCCUUCGGCCUGGAAGGCCAGCAGCAGCUGCGGGUGACCAACAUCCGCAUCCGACUGCUCAAGCGCCAGGCGUGCCCGUGCCAGGCCAAGGACGCCACCCGCCACUUUGCCAUCUACGACCUGAUCGUGAAAGGCAGCUGCUUCUGCAACGGCCACGCGGAGCAGUGCGUCCCCGCUCCGGGGUACCAGCCCGUCCGGGACCGCACCAACCAUGUGGUCCACGGGAAGUGCGUGUGCCGACACAACACGGCCGGGGAGCACUGCGAGCGCUGCGCCGCGCUCUACAACGACCGGCCCUGGCAGCCCGCCGACGGCCUGACGGGGGCGCCGCACGAGUGUCGCAAAUGCAAGUGUAACGGACACGCUCACAGCUGCCAUUUUGAUUGGUCGGCGUGGCGGGACUCGGGCCAGCGCAGCGGCGGCGUGUGCGACUGCCUGCACGACACCGAGGGGCGCCAGUGUCAGAACUGCAAGGCCGGCUUCUACCGGGACCCCCGGCGGCCGCACACGGCCUCCGACUCUUGCAAGCCAUGCAACUGCCACCCUGUGGGCUCCACGGCGGCGCGAGCGGCCGGCGACCCGCUGUGCGACCCGGCCAACGGCGACUGCGUCUGCAAGCCUGGCGUGGGCGGCGCUCGCUGCGACAGGUGCAUGGUGGGAUACUGGGGCUUCCACGAGUACGGCUGCCGGCCGUGCGACUGCGCCGGAGACUGCGACCCGUUCACCGGGGACUGCGUGCUGGCCUCGGACUCUUACAACCCAGAGGGAAACUCCAGCGAGUCCGUCGGGAUCUUCAGGGCGGACGAGCUCUUCUCCGCCCUCCACUACUCAGAGAAGUGCGAGUGCAAAGAGCAGCCGCUGACCAACAGUCAUUUGUUCUGCACCAUGAACUACGCGUACGUGUUGAAGGUGAAGGUCCUGGCGGCCCACGACAAGGGCUCGCACGCCGAGGUGGAGGCCAAAGUCCAGAAGGUUCUGAGUCAGAAGGUGAAGCUCCAGCGCGGCCGCGUCACCCUCUACCCCGAGUCGUGGACGGCGCGGGGCUGCACCUGCCCCAUCCUCAACCCGGGUGCGGAGUACCUGGUGGCGGGCCACGCCGACAGGAGGCGGGGCCACCUGCUGGUCAACAUGAAGAGCUUCGUCAAGCCCUGGACGCCCAUCUUGGCGCGCAAAGUGCUCGCCUUGCUCAAGAAGGACUGCAACUGGUAGGCGCACACGCCGGUAAGACUUUGUCCCCACCCCCGCACGCGUCCUCCACGCGCGCCCGGAUUACGAAACGUGGAUGAUCAUUUUUUUGGGUUGUUACCUGGACUGACCUCGGACGACGUGAGGUCUCUGCGCACUUUAACCAGCGAGAUGGACCCCGACGGAAAAUGGACGCCCGCGUCCGCACACAAAGUAAAAAUGUGUACGGCGCACACAGAAGAAGCCAUAGAAGCCGCCCUCAGGUGGUUCAGUCCUAGCCAGCCCAGGUGGAAACAGCGGCGUACGUACCGCCCGCGAACGUGAAUGUAUUUGCCCGAGUGCGUGAAUGAGGAGUCGAAGCACGAGCACGGUCCCGGUCCAGCUCUUCUUCUUUUUUUUUUUUCCUCCCCUUCUCUGCUCUUUGUACAGUGUUAUUUGGAUGUGGAUAUAAAUAUUGUUAUUGUCAUUUUUUUCAGCUUUACGAUCCUUUUUGCUUGUACUGUUUCAUGUCGCGUCAUAUCACCAUUACGCUGGCGAGACGGCUUUUUCAACGCAAAGAUAAUACAAUUAUCAACGCAG